AUGGAAACCGUCUCCAGCCAGAAGGUCUCGCGGAGCCCCAAGUGCGCGCGCUGCCGCAAUCACGGCUUCGCGGUGGCGCUGAAGGGUCACGCGGGCCGGUGCCGCUUCACGCAGUGCAGAUGCUGGAAGUGCACGCUCAUCGCCGAGCGCACGAGGAUCAUGGCCAGGCAGAGGGGGGUCAGAAGGGGUCUGCGCGCAGAGGAGCACGAGAGAGGGGCAGGACACGGGGUCGGUGACCCGGCACCGGGUGUCAGACAGCGCGCGACGCGCAGAUCGCGCGCGGAGAGUGACACGUGCACCGAGCUCGAGGUGACGGAAAUAACGGAGAGCGGCGCGUGCGCUCCGACUGCCGAUCCGGAGGUCGUCCAAACGUCCUCUGAUCACCGCGUAGUACCUCGAGAUAGCGCCAUGUUCAGAGAGCCUUUGCCGUGGGAACACUUCGUAACAGAAAUACCCCAAAACACGGUGUACUCAGGUGAUCUGCCCAUGGCGACGCCCUUCUACCUGCACCCUCACUACCCCAACGCUUACCCACCUCCACCGGUCCUGUACGGCUUCGGAGCGCCCCCACUCGGACCCCUGGGCUUUCCUCAGGUUACUCAGGCGGCGCUGAUGGAGAACAGACAGGAAGGUCCCGGUUUCUUCUACAUGCCGUAUCUCCUUCAUCCGAGACCCGAUUACUACCAGCACCACCUGAGGGUGGACAACGGAGGCGAGGUGUCUCCUCUACAACACGAGCGUGACUCGGGUCCGAGUGAUCAGUCAGUCAGACGUCACCUGAACCCUGCAUUCUCUCUAGAAUGAAUGACGAUGAACGAAUAUUCACGUCAUGAAUCUUCCUCAUUUUUAUGCAAAUUAGUUACGAUAUGAACCCAAAUGAUGGGCUUUAGUAAAUUCCUCAUGCUUUGAAAUAUAAUCUAUAAUAAACAAUCCGGCGCUGUGUUCAUUAGAAG